AUGCACAGGCACCACAACACGCGAUCGUUGCUCACGGAGAAGGAACAGCUGAUAAUUUACUGCCACUGGUUAAUAGACAAUGCGAACGCUGACGUGAAUGUGUUACGUAACUGGCCAACAUUACAAGUCUGUCGCGAACAAAUUGCCGUGGGCGGAAAGUCGCCCGCCCAAAUGCGUGUGGCCUCCACGCCUGCGAAACCGUUACUGAGGGGAGGGCAAGCAGCUCAGAACCUGAAGCUUUCAGCGCGCGCCAUACCUUAA